AAAAGUAAAACCCUGAAACCCUCUCCGGCGUUUUACUGGAAACUCGACGGAGAUGGAGGAGAGAGCAAGAUGCUUCACAUUUCUCGGCGUCGGAGCUCUGCUGGGCUCCGUCUCCACCUUUCUUCUGCUCAAGCUUCUACCAAGAAGGAUUGCAAACCACUGUGAUAAAAAGGCACUCCAAAUGAAUGAUAUUAAUGGUAAAGGGUUGGCAUCUGAGACACCUACAAAUUGCAGUGCAGUUACUGGGAGCGGAAAUAGCAAGUUAGCUGGUGUAGACCUUCUAAAUGAUGAGAUAGUCUGUGAACAACUAACAAGAAACAUUCAAUUCUUUGGACUUGAACCUCAACAAAAAGUGACUGCUUCCUAUGUUGUGGUCAUUGGUCUUGGAGGAGUUGGAAGUCAUGCUGCAUCAAUGCUUUUGCGGUCGGGGGUUGGCAGGCUUCUCCUUGUGGACUUUGAUCAGGUAUCAGUUUCAUCACUUAAUCGACAUGCUGUUGCAACAAGAGCUGACGUUGGUAUCCCAAAAGCCCAGUGUCUGAAAGAUCAUUUCUUAUCUAUCUUCCCAGAGUGUCACAUAGAAGCAAAGGUCCUGUUAUACAAUGCAUCGUCUGAGGAAGAGAUUCUUUCAGGUCAUCCUGAUUUUGUUUUGGACUGCAUUGACAACAUUGAUACAAAGGUGGCACUUCUUGCGGCAUGUGUACGUAGGGGUUUAAAGGUCCUAUCAGCCACAGGAGCUGGUGCUAGAGCUGACCCGACAAGAAUACGCAUUGCUGAUUUAAGACAAUCGACAAAUGACCCAUUAUCUCGAGCUGUGAGACACCGUUUGAAGAGAGAGUAUGGCAUUGAAGGUGGCAUUCCUGUUGUAUUUUCAUUGGAGAAACCUAAGGCAAAGCUUCUUCCAUUUAAAGGACAAAGUGGAGAAGAAGAAAAUCCUUCAGAUUACCAGAUAGUACCAGGGUUUAGGGUUCGCAUAAUACCUGUCCUUGGUACCAUUCCUGCAAUAUUUGGCCAAGUGAUGGCCUCCUAUGUGUUGACACAACUUGCAGAAUUGCAAGUUCAAUUGGAACCUGUGAUAAACUUGGACAUUGACCAUUACCGGAUGCUUCACCAACGUCUUAUUGAGCAUGAGGAGUCAUUGUAUGGCACUGCCUUGCAUGUGCAGGUAGAUGUUGAAGAAGUGAUGUAUGUUGCAAAAGAGUUGUGGCAUGGAAGAAGUGCUAGAGAGCCAAUUGCUAAAGAUGUAGGACGUAGCAUGUGGCGAUCGGUGAAUGAAUUAAUGCUUUUGAGGUGGGACCGGGAAAAGCCGGCAUCUGUGUCCAACUUAAUUCUCUUGAAAUUUAAAGAGGCAGAUGAACAUGAAUCCAGGACUCUUGAAGAUAUAAAAGAAGAGGAACCAGAAUUUUUUGUUCGAGUUACAUCUGUUCUGAAGCGAGCCGAACUAGAAUUUGGCUUGUAAGAAACUAGGUAGUUAUUUUUUCUUUCUUCUUGUCCCAGAACUUCAUUUAGAGGGGUAGCGGAAUUCUAUAUAGUUAUAAUAUAAACUCAGGGGGUCAGCGUUUUCACCAUUUUUGAAUUACUAUAGCUAUCAGGGAAGAAAUACUUGACUCUUAUAUUAUUA